CCACCAGGAGUCGGUGCGAUGGGACCGGGCGGCGGGGUACCAGCGGCGCCGUCCAGGCUCCCGGUACCCCUCCUGCUUCUGCUGCCUUCUCUGCUGCUGCUCCUACUGUUGGCUCCGUGCGUCUCACUCAUCCCGACCGACGACUCGUCGGCGUCCUCGAGUCCUCCUUCACCGCCGUGGUCUCCGUCGACGGCGGUGAACGCGUCCGCUAGGACAGCGAGCGAUGACCUCGAUAAUUCCCUCGAAACGCCGUCCCAGAGCCCGCGAGCCCACGAAGACCCGGGUGGACCUGGGACGCAGGAUUCAACAAGGGGCACUGAUGUCACGCAGAACGCGGUAGAGAAUGGACCAAGCGGCGCUGCACACCAGCACGCUUCGUGGAAGUCUUCGGUGACGGCCGCAGAGGAGGCGGCGGCGAACAAUGCGACCGGCACGACGAACUCGACGACCACCGCGCCGGCGGAGCCCCAGCCUCUCCUCGUCGCCUACCUGAGCAACGUGGCCGGCACGGACAACCUGCGCCGCCAGGGUCUGGUCGUGUCCGGCGCCAUGACGUACGCCAUCGAUCUGAUCAACCGGAACCGGCCCAUACCGGGCCACCGGCUGGAGAUGAUCUACCACGACACCCGGGGCGAAAUGCUGCAGGGCACCAGGGCCGUGGUCGAGUGCCGGGACAAGGGCGCCAAGGCCUUCUUCGGCCCCGAGGACUCCUGCUACGUCGAGGCUGCGGUCGCCGCCUCGCUCAACCUGCCCAUGAUCUCAUACAAAUGCUCGGACGCCAACGUAGCGAACAUCGAGAACACAACCUUUGCCCGCACUGUGCCUUCGGCUAGGCUGGUCGUUCGCAGCGUCACCGCCCUGCUGGGCUACUACAACUGGCGCAAGUUCAGCAUCGUCCAGGAGGACUCCCAGGGCUACGAGACGGUGGCGCAGUCCCUCCAGAAGCGCAUCAAGGACGAGAAAGGUUUCACCAUCAACUCGAAGAACGUGUUCAACUCUGACCUGAGCUGCUGCGAGCAGAAGCUGCCCUGCUGCCAGACCGCCAUGACCAAGAUGCUGGACGAGACGUUCCGCAAAACGCGCAUCUACGUGUAUUUGGGCAACUACCGGGACCUGCAGACAUUGCUCAUCACCAUGCGCAUGCGUGGUCUGACGGACAAGGCAGAGUACUUGGUCAUCAUGAUUGACCAUGACACCCACUCGUGGGAGGACUUCAACAUGAACUUUUUCGGGAAGGUACCCGAGAAGGACAUCCGUGCUCUUAGUGAUGCGUGCAGUCAGCUGCUAGUGAUCCUGCCCAGGCCUCCCGCUGGUGACUCGUACUCAGAGUUCAUCGAGAAAGUGCGCGAGUACAACCAGAAGGAACCUUUCAACUUCCCCCCUGGACCGACUAUCUUCAAGAAGCACAUCACGCAGUAUGCAUCGUAUCUGUUCGACUCGGUGAUGCUGUAUGCCGACGCCGUGACUGCGCUGAUACGCAAGAACCACAACAUCUCCGAUGGGCAAGCCGUCAUUCGGGAGAUCAUAGGCAGGAAACGCUACAAAAGUGUGACUACCGCCGAGAUGAGUAUCACACCCAAGGGUGACGUUGAGGGCAACUACACGGUGCUCGCCUUCCUGCCCGUGUUCGACGAAGCUGCCACCAAGGUGCGCGACCGGCUGGUUGAAGCCCGGCGGGCUUCGCACACUGUCAUCGAGCGGCUCUUCCAGCCUGCUGGUGGCUUCAAGUAUGUCGACGACGAGACAGCCGAGUUUUCGCCAAGCGUCAACAGCAGCGUCCUUUGGAAGACCGGACAGGCACCCGUGGCGGAACCACCCUGUGGCUACGACGGCUCAAUUUGCAUCGCCCCGUUGGAUAAUCGACGAGAGAUACUAGCCAGUGUUCUUGGAGUCCUGCUUGUCCUGGUGUCUGUGUUUGCGACUGUUGUGUACCGGGAAGCUAGUGCUGCUGAUGAACUCGUGCUGCACAAGGUUGAAUCGAGUGUGGAAGUGCAGGCGCUGAGCCUGAUCAGCCAGAUGGUGAGCGACUCCCGGAUGAUGAACCUGUCCGAGGACACGUACCGCUACCGGGGCACGAUAACAUACGUCAAGAAGCUCAUCUACCACCGCCGGUCGGCCGACAUUCCGCGCGCGGUCAAGAAAGAGAUGAAACUGAUGCGAGAGCUGCAUCACGAGAACCUGAACCCGUUUGUGGGAGCCUGCGUGGAGCCCAACUGCAUCUAUGCAGUGUCCGAGCUGUGCGUCAAAGGAAACCUGCAGGACAUACUGGAGAAUGACGUCCUCAAGUUGGACAACAUGUUCAUCGCUUCAUUUGUUUUCGACAUCAUAAAGGGACUCCGCUACCUGCACGAGAGCGACCUUCGUGUUCACGGCAACCUUAGGUCGACCAACGUGCUCGUCACGAACCUGUGGGUGCUGCGGCUCGCAAACUUCGGCCUUCUAGAGCUUCGGGCUACGAAUGCAGCUGCGCGUGCCAACAGGGACGACAAGGAAGACUACCAGCUGUACCGCAGCCAGCUCUGGCGAUCACCCGAGGUGCUACGCAACCCGUCGAACUACCCGCGUGGAAGUCAGAAGGACGACAUCUAUGCGUUUGCCAUCAUCCUGCAUGAAAUCAUCGGCCGCCAAGGACCUUGGGGAAGCACAAGACUCGAACCUAAAGCGAUCAUUGAGAAUGUGAAGGCUGGCGGCGACCCACCGUUCCGGCCACCGGUGUCCGAUCUGCAGUGCCAGGACUACGUGCUCAGCGUCAUUGGCGACUGUUGGGCCGAGAAGCCCGACGCCAGGCCCGAGCUCGGCCAGGUUCAGGAGCGGCUCAAGAAGAUGCGUCAGGGGAUGAAGCCCAACAUCAUGGACAACCUGAUGGGCUUGAUGGAAAAGUAUGCCAACAACUUGGAGGAACUGGUGACUGAGCGAACAUGCCUGCUUGAAGAGGAGAAAAAGAAGACCGAGGCCCUCCUACACCGCAUGCUGCCCAAGACCGUAGCUCUUCAACUGAUGCGAGGUCAGAUGGUGGUGCCCGAGUCCUUCGACGCCGUCACCAUCUACUUUAGCGACAUCGUCGGCUUCACCGAGAUGUCGGCCACCAGCACACCACUGGAGGUGGUAAACUUCCUGAACGAGCUGUACACGUGCUUUGACUCGAUCAUCCGGCACUACGACGUGUACAAGGUGGAGACCAUCGGGGAUGCGUACAUGGUGGUCAGCGGGCUGCCCGAGCGCAACGGUGAUGCGCACGCCCGCGAGGUGGCCUCCAUGGCGCUCGAGAUCCUGGACGCCGUGCGCCACUUCACGAUUCGGCACAGGCCUGGAGCGACGCUGAAGCUCCGCAUAGGCAUCCACUCGGGACCUGUGGUCGCUGGUGUGGUGGGACUCACCAUGCCACGGUACUGCCUCUUUGGCGACACGGUCAACACCGCGUCGCGCAUGGAAUCUAAUGGCGAAGCUCUAAAAAUCCACAUCAGCAGCCAGUGCAGAGACCUGCUUGUGAAAAUUGGUGGAUAUGACAUCGCUGACCGGGGCCUUGUUAAAAUGAAGGGCAAAGGUGAGCUGCGCACCUACUGGCUGCUGGGCCACAAGGCCGGACCUCAGCAUCGUCGUGCCGAGGAUGGUAACCAGUUCCUGCUAGCGCCACUGUUCAAUGUGGGCGACAGCGGCUCGUUGGGAGGUGCCAUGGCGGGGCCCCACCGGAGCCCCAAGACAGAGGGCCUGCCUCGGCGGGGGUCACUCAUCCCGAAAUUGCCGGACCAUGACACCGACCUUCUGGGGACGGCACUCAUGAAUGGCUCCGUGAUGGGUGGUAUCCAGGCCUUGCACCGGCUAAAGCAGGACAGCCCGGGCAUCCUGCGUCCCAAGCCAUCGCGGGAGUCUUCGUUCACGUACAAGGGCCCGCGACGGCACGAGUUCCUCGAGGCCCCGUCGUCACGCACGAACAGUGUGGCCGACCUCGACGGUGGGGGCCUCAUUCUGCCACGCCGAAACGAGUCGACGCUAUCGCCGUGCAUUAAGGACGAGUUCGGCUGCUCGAACUCGGAUCAAGCCAUGAUCAGGGCCCGGCAGUGGGCCACUGAUCGGGGCAAGAACGGACUCAAGAGCCUGGACGAAAGUGCCCGGCCGCUGCUGCGCGACGCGUCGACCAACUGCAACGGCAAUGGCGGAGGCCACCUGCUGUCACUCGCCGAGGACGCGGCCAAGCGGUGGCGCUCGUGCGACGAGAUAGCCGCGCUCGCACCCACCCACGACAAGCUGAAGAAAGUGUUCACCGGCCUGCUACGUGUAGGCGCGUCACGCGAUAAGUCGCGUGACUGGGACUCAGUGGCAGUGGAUGUCGGCGGAGGACUGCCCAGGCUAGUGUGUGAAAGUGCUGAGGACACAACGGAGAGUAUCGUAUGAGUGUGUAAUCUUAAGCAUUGCAACCCCUCACUACUGUUAUUCAAUGACGCAACCUUUUUCAGUCUUUGUACGAUUAAGGCCAGUGCCAUAGUCAUGUACAAACGACUUCCCGGUGCAGAACCAUGACAGAACAGCACUAACACGGGGACACUGAAGGCCCGUACAUGCUACCUUCACUGGCUCUGAGCAUCGCCGACAAAGUUUUUCCAAGUGUAAUCGGAGCUUGAGCGUGAGAAAACACUCUAUAUGGGCCCCGUGCUAUUAUAGCACAUGGUUAUUAUACAAAGUACUGGCCUUGGCUAUAAAGGAUGGCCCGUAGGCUAGUGAAGUGGGAGCUGUGAGCCUUUUGCGGAAGCUUGUUAUGCGAGGUAGAGACACGGAAUUUUUUUUCACGUCCUGGUACGACGUGUGCUGCUGUCGCAUGGCAAUUGAAAAGGACUUCAGUAGUCGAUCAGUCACAGCAGCAUCAAGAUUACUAUGGGCAUGUUCCCUUGUGUAGCCUUCCUUAACCUAUCUAUAACGUAAGUGGUAUGAGUUCGUCAGUGCAAAUUUAAGUAUGGUCCACUGAUAAAGGCAGUGGGCCAGCCUCUGAUACACGAGACGCCAAUAUCAUGUGGUUUGUUCUGUAUAUAACUCUUCGUUUUGCAGCCAGAACUGAAAUGGGCUGCUCUUAGCAUUAUUGAAAGUACCGAGAGGUUCUUUAGUUAUGUUAUUGUACAGUUGAAGCAUUGAGUCUUGGGCUUCCAUGGCAGAGGCUUGGAGUUUUUAAAAUAUUAUAUUUCCUCAGUGUUCUACGAAACGAGGGGAAUUUCGAAAGUGCGCGGUGCACUUUUUUUGUGUGUGUGAACUGCAGCGAUGACCUCGCCUCACUUUGUGGACACACAAAAGGCCAGAUGUGUGUCUGUUGCACCGAAGAAGGUGCGACGAAAAUUUGAGUGAAGUGCACGUUCGAGGAGUAUGACGUCAAACAAGGUGCACGUGUAAGUUAUCGUGUGUUGCGCUCUUGCCUCGCCAAGGCCGAGUGUUAAUUACCUGGUGACUAUGCUUAGACUUCACAACCCCCCGUACAACGCAUGUCAUGGUUCCAUCUGUGCGAAGAAAAAAUUAACGAGACGAUCGCCAUGGAAGCAUCGGUGUGUUGGAAGUUAUCUGUGGUGUCUACAUUCCCAAAAGCCGAGUGCGUAAUUCGUUGAGUGAACUGCAGAGUGGUCGCCGUUUUGCCAUUUUUGGAGCCAGUGCCGCGAGGCAAACGUGUGCCCCACUGGGACGGAACGUCGGUUUUUGUUCAACAUGUGGAUGCAGCUUCCACAAAGUCGCCGAGUUCUUGCGUAGAUUUUUUUUUUCGUGACAAUUUUGUUUUGCCAAAAAUGUGCCUGAAUAGUUUUCUUGAAGUGCGUGUGGUGUGGCUGAACUCCGUGCUUCUGGCACCAGCCACCUUUUCAAGCACACGCAUGUAUUGACUCUUUGACACGCAUCAACGCCAUGUAUGCAUUAAUGUGCUUGGAGCACCUGAUAGUGUCAAAGCGUGGAAGUGUAUGUAGUGUUAGUAUGUAUCUUUUCUCUUCAGUCAUGUCUUUCCAGUAUCGCCACCUCAACACCUGGUGCCGACUUCACGGCGCACGUCAUUUGAAUGUACCAUUAACAAUUUAACAAAUAACUUGUUUAAUUUUUAUUCCCUCUUCCCCAUCCUUUUUUUUUUUUUUCUCUUUACGCGUGUCAAAAUGCAUCCUCAUUCCAAGUCAGACGAAUGAACAAGUGCAUUUCCGUGUCUCUUGUGCCGUUUUUUCUGACAACGCUUCGUUUGUGCCGCCUCGCGGCAGGACUAUGGGAGCCGACGUCAAAGCGUGUUAGUUGAGCUUGGCGUCCAAGGUCCGACGCUGCGAUUUCUGCGGUGCGUCAUUUGUAGUCUCACGUUUGUUUCGUUUUUCUGUUUUCGUGGUCCGCAAACAUGCUGACACUUUCUUUCGUUGUCUUGGCGCCACCUGAAGCGUUGUAUUUUAUGUUUUCCGCGUGGGUUCCGCGCAUGCUUAUGAUAAAUGUGAAACAUUUCUGUGUGUCUGUGAGCAAGAACGUUGUGUUCUCACUUGUGGAAUAAGUACCUGAAAAGCAAAAAAAGAAUCAAAGUUUUUGGGUCUUUUUUUUUUUGCUUUCUUUAGCCAGAAAGACUUGGCUCUCUUCGAUGAGCAUGGUGAUAGAAACAGUCAGGGUGCUUAUCAAGAACAACUGUUAUCAGUGGGCACCAAGAUAACUAGAAUAAUGUUACCCAGGUGUUGGUGCCAGUGUCGACUAGAGGACGCUACUAGCCAUAAAAGAGGUUGAAGUGUCUCUGGUUUGCGACCUCCAAGUAUUGUCCGUUUUUACUAAAACGGAGGGGGACGCCCGUAGACUGGAGGAGGGCUCAAUAAUGUCCAAUUGAACAGCAUUUUCAUGACCUCUUUUUGUAUGACGUGAUGUUUCGCGGCCGGCACUCGAUAGGGACAUCUAUGGAUGGGCGGAGCAUUGCCAGUGUGGACCGGAUGAGUAACGAGGUGGGUUCGACCUAGGGGGCAGUUUAUUUACGAAAUGAAAUGUGUCUUCGUAGGCCAUCAAAAUGGGACUGAGGGCGUCAGCAUAAGAAGGUCGUAGGUGAGGAGCUAUCAUUUUGGUAAACUUGUCGUUAGAUGGUGUCGUCAGAGCCGUAGGUCGAGCGAGUGCAGAUGGUUGUUCAUAGUUUAGUGCUGAUACUCUCGAGCCUUCUAAAGGGGACAGCACAGCAAGAGAUACACCAUUAGGAAGAGCUUGUGGCGACGAGCCUAUGUUCAGGAGAGGAGGCCAUGCACAAUUGUUGAUGAGCCAAGUGAUGGAGCUAGGGAGAGCUAUUUGACAUUCUAGUACAUUGUCGCAAACUAGAGACACAACGUAAUUGCCAUCCUGAAGUGGAGUCACGAAGUAAUUACCAUCCUAAAGUGGUGGACACGGCAGCAUGGGGACAAAAGUCGCAGCACAUCCACCAAAAUGAUACGUGUAGAGCUGCAGUUGCAGAGGCCCUAAGGCAUAAAAUUUGGGUGGAUGCUAAAGAACCCCAGGUGGUCGAAAUUUCCGGAGUCCACCACUACGGCGUCUCUCAUAAUCAUAUGGUGGUUUUGGGACGUUAAACCCCACAUAUCUAUCUAUGCUUUAAGGCAAGGGUGACACGAUCAAUUCUGAGCCACGAGACACUUCAACCUCUUCUAUGACUAGUAGCAUCCCCUAGUAAACACUGGCACCAACACCUACAUAACAUUAUCACGUGGAAUCUGCGUCGCCUUGUUUCUAACAGACAACCGAGCGCUCGGGUUACAUUGCAUAAAAGCGGCAAUUUCCAUUUUGCAAGCUUGCUGCAACUCCCGCAUAAAAGAUGUCUCAGAGAGGGUUUUCAUCUGAGCAGGAUUCAACUGUUGCCAUACGAGCAAGUUGCAAGGCACUCGUUAAAUGCACACCACAACUUUUUUUUUUUUUGGCUGCAUGUCCAAAGCAGGAUGAAUAUUCAAAGCGUUAGCAGGCACGCAACUUUAUCAUCAUUGUUGCUGCUGAGGGCAGAUAGAUGAACCAACAAAAAUGAUCUCGCAUAAUUCAUAAAGAGCAUGUAUCGUAUUGCAACA